AACUUCCAAACACUCACUUGAGCCCGGGAGAUAAUUCGCUACAUCGCCAUGACCCUUGCCGAGCUCGUGUUCGUCCCGUACCCUGGCAUGGGCCAUCUCGUAUCGAUGGUUGAGAUGGCCAAGCUCCUCGUUGGCUGCGACCCUCGCCUCUCCGUCACCGUCCUCAUCAUGAAGCUUCCGUUUGAAUCUAACGUCGGCUCGUACACAAACUCGCUUGCCACCACCGUGGCCUCUGAUCGCAUUCGCUUCAUCCACCUCCCGCGUGAGAAAACUGAAGCCGGGAUCUGCUGGGGCAAUUUCCGCGCCCACUUUCUCGAAAGCAACAAGCCCCAUAUCAAGCGGGUUGUCACCGAGCUCGCCGACUCGACCAGGCAGCUUGCGGGGUUCGUUCUUGACAUGUUAUGCAUCACCAUGAUUGACGUGGCAAAGGAGUUCGGAGUCCCGUCCUAUGUCUUCUACGCAUCGAGCGCCGCAUUCCUCGGCCUUAUGCUGCACCUCCAGUCGCUCCAAGACAAGCACCACGUGGACAUAACUGAAUUCAAGGACGGCGCCGGCGAGUUGGAGUUCCCGGGUUUCACGAACCCGUUGCCAGUCAAGGUCUUACCCCCUGUGGUUCUGAAGACGGAGGCGGCUCGACCGGUCCUGGAGCACAUCAGGAGGAUGAGAGCGACCAAGGGCAUUAUAAUAAAUACGUUCGAUGAGCUCGAACCACAUGCAGUGAGGUCCUUGACGAGCCUUGGGGCGCCCAAGGUGUACCCGGUGGGGCCCAUACUAAAUCUAAAGGGGAAGGCUGAAAAGAAGGCUCACGGUGGAGGUGAUGACAUCAUCGAGUGGCUCGACGAGCAAUCGCAUUCAUCGGUGGUUUUCCUGUGCUUCGGGAGUUGGGGGAGCUUCGACAAGGACCAGGUGAAGGAGAUAGCCUCCGCGCUGGAGCAGAGCGGGCACCACUUCUUGUGGUCCCUACGGCGGCCGGCUACGACGGGCAAGGUUCAGCUAUUGCGUGACUACACAGACCCCAAGGAGGUCUUGCCUGAGGGGUUCCUAGACCGAACAUCCGGCAUCGGAAGAGUGAUUGGGUGGGCCCCACAGGCUGCGAUCCUGGCCCACCCGGCAAUCGGAGGUUUCGUGUCGCACUGCGGAUGGAACUCCAUCCUGGAGAGCAUAUGGUUUGGCGUGGCGAUGGCGGCAUGGCCCAUGUAUUCAGAGCAACAGUUCAACGCGUUCGAGCUGGUGAUGGAGCUGGGCCUCGCGUCGGAGAUCAAGAUGGACUACAGGAUGGAUUCAUGGAUGGAGAGUGACAUCGUCGUGACGGCGGAUGAAAUAAAAGGCGGAAUAAGGAAGUUAAUGGAGGAGACCGGCAGCGAGAGGCGGAAGAGGGUGAAGGAUGCGAGUGAGAAGAGCAGGAAGACAUUGGUUGAGGGUGGCUCUUCUUACUUUUCUUUGGGUUGUUUGAUUGAGGACAUAAUAAAAAAUAUGCCUUGAUUUAGGUGACUAGAAUGGUUGGAAUUUUUAGCUUUUUCCGAUUAUGGACAUUGAAUCAUACCACUCUUGGUUUGAUAGCGAGUGAGAGAU